GUAAAAUGCAUCGGGCCUAUGCUGUCACUUUAUGAAAACAUAAACAUCUUAGCACUUAAAUUAGCACUUUCUUAAAUUAGAUUUUCUUAAUGGAACAUCAAUUAAAUGAAUUACCAGCUGUCCACAGAUAUAUUUCCAGUCCAGAUGCAAAGAUCAAACUCAUCUGAAGUUGUGUAUCACUGAGGAGUGACCGGUCAAUGGAUCCUCCACGCAACUUUAGUGCACACACUGAUCAUGGAUUUAGACCGGACCCUCCAGAACCCAGCUGUGUGUCCAUAAAGAGUGACUGGUCAAUGGAACCUCCAUGUAACAUUAGUGGACACACUGAUCUUGGGGUUAGCUUGGACCUUCCAGAACCCAGCUGUGCUUCCAUGAAGACUGACUGGUCAAUGGAGCCUCCAUGUAACUUAAGUGGACACACUGAUUUUGGGUUUAGACCAAACCUGCAAGUAUCCAGCUAUGUGUCCAUGAAGAGUGACCAGUCAAUGGAUCCUUCACUUAACUUUAGUGGAUGUACUGAUCUUUGCUUUAGCUGUGACUCUCAACAUGCUGAAGCCCUCAAGACAUUUAGAUCAAAUCUGAGGAAGAAGUUUCAGUGUCUGUAUGAGGGAACAGCAAAGCAAGGAAACCCAACAUUCCUGAAUGAGAUCUACACAGAGCUCUACAUCACAGAAAGUGAUUAGGUGAGACAGAUUGAAACACAAUACAGGAGAGCAGCAGCAGAGGACACACCAAUCAAAUGCAAUGACAUCUUUAGACCUUUACCUGGACAAGACAAAGCCAUCAGAACUGUGCUGACAAAAGGAGUCGCUGGCAUUGGAAAAACAGUCUCUGUGCAGAAGUUCAUCCUGGACUGGGCUGAAGGGAAAGAGAAUCAGGACGUCCAGCUCAUAUUUCCACUUCCUUUCAGAGAACUCAACUUGAUGAAGGAAAAAAAACUAAGUCUUUCAGAUCUUCUUUAUGUCUUUUUUCCUGAUACUAAAGAAAUUGAAAUAUCCAGUGACAAAUAUAAAGUGUUGUUCAUCUUUGAUGGUCUGGACGAGUGUCGUUUGUCUCUGGAUUUUCAGAGCAAUGUAAGGUUGUGUGAUAUGAGUGAAUCUGCCUCAGUGGACGUGUUGCUGACAAACCUCAUUUUGGGGAAUCUGCUUCCCUCUGCUCUCAUCUGGAUCACCUCUAGACCAGCAGCAGCUGAUCUCGUCCCCUCUGUUUGUGUCCAUCGAGUGACAGAGGUACGAGGCUUCAGUGAGCCACAGAAGGAGGAAUACUUUAGGAAGAGAAUCAGUGAUCAGAGUCUGGCCAAUAUGAUCAUCACACACCUGAAGUCAUCAAGGAGCCUCUACAUCAUGUGCCACAUCCCAGUGUUCUGCUGGAUCUCAGCCACUGUUCUAGAGAAGAUGUUGAGUCGAGCAGAGAGUGGAGAGAUUCCUAAGACUCUCACUCAAAUGUACACACACUUCCUGAUCAUUCAGACCAACAUCAAACAUGAGAAGGACUAUGAGAAGAAUGUGAUGGAUGAAGACAUGAUUUUCAAACUGGGGAAACUGGCUUUCCAGCAGCUUGUGAAAGGCAACCUGAUCUUCUAUGAGGAAGACCUGAGUGAGUGUGGCAUUGAUGAGACAGAAGCAUCUGUGUACUCAGGAUUGUGCACUCAGAUCUUCAGAGAGGAGUUUGGCCUGUAUCAGGGGAGAGUCUUCUGUUUUGUUCAUCUGAGCAUCCAGGAACAUCUAGCAGCUCUAUAUGUGCUGCUUUCCUUCUUGCUGUAUAAGAGUGAUGUAUUUAGUGAAACUGUCACCUCAAAACAUGCACACAAGUUCACAUGUCACACAAUCUCUGACCUGCACCAGAGAGCUGUGGACAAGGCCUUACAGAGUAAGAAUGGACAUCUGGACCUUUUUCUCCGAUUUCUUCUGGGUCUGUCUCUGGAGUCCAAUCAGAUGCUCCUGAAAGUCCUCCUGACACAUGUUAGAAAUGCCUCGUACAGUGGAGAGAAAACUAUUGAGUACAUAACAACGAGAAUAAGAAUGAAUCCAUCGCCGGAGAAAUCCAUCAAUCUGUUUCACUGUUUAAAUGAACUGGGUGAUAAUUCUCUGGUGAAUGAAGUCCAGGAGUGUCUCAGAUGUGGAGGUCUUUCAAGUACCAGAUUGUCCUCUUCACAGUGGUCAGCUGUUGUAUUUGUUUUAUUAACCUCCAAGCAUUUGGACGAGUUUCAUUUGAGUAAAUACAUAAGUAGUGAGCAAAGUCAAGAUCACAUGCCAUCAGAUGAAGUGCUUUUGAAGCUCUUGCCUGUAGUUAAAGCCUCCAGAUCAGCACAGUUGAGUAAUUGUGGUGUUACCACGGAAGGUUGUGCUGCUCUGGCUUCUGCACUGAGAUCAAACUCCUCGUGUCUCAGAGAACUAGAUCUGUCUAAAAAUAAACUACAAGAUUCAGGAGUAAAUCUGCUCUCUGAUGGACUGAAGGAUCCUCAAUGUAAACUGGAGAAACUAAUGUUGAGUAAUUGUGGCGUCGCAGAUGAAGGUUGUGCUGCUCUGGCUUCAGCUCUGAAAUCAGACUCCUCACACCUGAGAACACUUGACCUGACAUGGAAUAAUCUAAGAGAUGCAGGUUUGACACUUCUUGCUGCUGGACUGAAGGAUCCUCACUGUAAACUGGAGAAAUUGACGAUAAGUUAUUGUGAUAUCACAGAUGAAGGUUGUGCUGCUCUGGCUUCAGCUCUGAGAUCAAACCUGAGAGAACUAGAUCUGACUGGGAAUAAUUUAAAAGAAGGAGGUCUGACGCUGCUCUCUGAUGGACUGAAAGAUCCUUACUGUAAGCUGGAGAAACUGAGAUUAAGUGAUUGUGAUAUCACAGCUGAAGGUUGUGCUGCUCUGGCUUCAGCUCUGAAAACAAACCCUUCACACCUUAGAGAACUAGAUAUGACUGCGAAUAAUCUAGGAGACAGAAGUGUGAAGCUGCUCUCUGCAGUACUGAAACUUCCUCAAUGCAAACUGGGAAAUACUAAAGUAAGAUAUUGUGAUAUCACAGAUAGAAGCUGUGCUGUUCUGGCUUCAGCUCUGAAAUCAAACCCCUCACACCUGAGAGAGCUCAAUCUGUUGGAAAAUAAACUAGGAUAUAGAGGUUUAAAACUGCUCUCUGUUUUAAAGGAUAAUCCACAAUAUAAACUAGAAACCUUGCUGUAUUAAAUGCUCUUUAAUGGGGCCAAUACAGGGACAUUGUCACUGUGAACUUGCUGGUGUGUGUAUAUUUAAACUGUAAAUAUUAUGUAUUAAAAUCUUUCUCCCAUUCAUGUUCUGUUGAACUGUUUUUAUCAGUAUGUAAGAUGGAAUCAUAAGCGUGUUUAAUUUGUGCAGAUAAUGAUGGGUUUACAAAGUGCAUAAAUAUUCAGUACAGGCCCUGAGACAUUAUGUAUAUACAUUUAAUAAUACUCUUGAAAUCAACUGGGCCAAACUCUUUAUUAAAAAUCCAACCUCUGGAACUUUAUUCCACAUUACAUUUUCUCUAAAUUUGGUGGUUUUAAUUUUUUAUUACUUUGUAAUUAUAAUAUUGAAAAAUUACCGACUAAAUUAUCUAAUUUCCACAAGCAGGUUCUUCUCGGCUCUGUUACACAAGCACAACUUUUCCUCUCAUUAAUAUUUUAUUUGGAACAACCGUGAUAUUCUGUAUAAAAACAAAUCUCUUUUUUACCAGUGUUGGUUUGAGACAGAUAUUUUACUCAUAAACCAGUUAAUGUUUAAUGAAAAUGGCCAAAUUAUAAAGAAUUUCUUUGUCGUUUUAAUAAUAUACUAAAGAGUUUGCUAUUGUUUUUGAUGCCAUACCAUCUGGAGUCAUUAGACUGUUUCAAACGAUCCCCUAUCCUUCUAUUUUAGCUUUUUUAGAUCCUACUAUGUCAGCAGUGGGGAAACAGUGCUUUUCUGCCUCUUCUUCUAAUAAAUCACGUUUGUUAUUUCUUAAUGAUUUUGUAUCAAGUUCAAAUGUUAUGGUUUACUGGGAUGCUUUUGUCUCUGAUAUUGCCUGGAGGAAAGUUUGGUUGAUUCCAAAUAGAUACUUAAUAACUAAUAAGAUAAAAGAAGUUUCUUUUCGAAUUAUCCAUCGUAUAUAUCCUGUUAACACUUUCUUAAAGAAAUAUAAAAAAUAUAUUGAUACAACCUGUUCCUUUUGCAAACAGCACCCAGAGACUAUAGGGCAUUUAUUUUGGCACUGCCAUUACCCUAAAUUGUUAUGGAAAAACCUCUCUUUAUUUGUUAUUGAGAAUAUUGAUAAAGAUUUUUCUUUACUUUGGGAAAAUGUCUUGUUUGGUUUUGUUAAUUCAAAAAAGUGCAUUUACAGGAAAACAGAUUGUAUGUAGCCUACUUAAUCUCCUUACUUUGUUAACAAAAAUGUAUAUACAUAAAUGUAAAUUGUCAUGUCAGAAUUAAGCCACUGUUCCAUGUUUUGCUUGUUGAAAUACAACAUUACUUUGAGACUAUUUCUAACUCGUGUAAUAAGAAGGCUUUAAAAACUGUAAAAAAAUCUGUAAGCUGUUUAAUCUUUUACUUUGUAUGCAAUGUCUUUUGUUCAACUUUAUACCCCUGUCUAGUAUUUUUGACCGCUCCCAGCACCCACACCUUAAGUACGCGAUUAGACGCGCAAAAAAGUGCGGCUGGCGUGACCGUGUAUUUUCAAGACGCGGCUGGACCGCAGUCAGAAAAUGACGAUUUUCAAGUGGCAGUCUAUGGUGCCAUGGAAUAAAUUAAUAAUAAAAAAAAAGGUAAAUUUGAUUUUGUAUUUCAAAUUUCUGACUUUAUUCUCGCAAUUCCGAGAUUAUAUCUCACAAUUCUAAUAAGGAAAUAAAAUAACUCGUUAUUCUGUUUUCCCCUCAGCUCAGAAUAAUGAGUUUAUAUCCCACACUUCUGGCUUUUCCCCCCCUCAGAAUUGACAAACUCACUAUUUUGAGUUAAAUCGAGAUAUAAAGUCCGAAUUAGUAAAUAUAAACUUACAUUUGCGAGUAAAAAAGUUAAUUGUAAAUUAAAAUAAAUAAAUGUUAUGUAAAAAUGUUAAUAGUAAUAGAUUUAAAUAAUAUUUCAUGCUGUAACUUUAGGGAUAAUACAAUACGUCCCCUAUGCACAGCAUAUGGGAAUAUUAUAUUAUAGACCUAUUGUUUAAAUCAAAAUUAUGUUUUAAAAGUAAUCAUCGCAGUUUUCAUGCAUAGUAUGUAAGUUUAAACGUAUGGAUUUAGUUUUAAAUUUACACAGUAUUAUAAACAGCACACAAGUAAAUGGACGUACUAGCGGCGCGCUUCACUUUGAAACACGCAACCCCUCCCCCCGCGAGAAUGUUAGUGGAUUAACACGUCACGUGAUAGAACGCGCGCUCUUCGAAUCGCUUCAGUUCAGUGAGAAUCCGAGCAGCAGUGAAGACAAUCACCUGAACAGAGACUCGAAGUCUAUCCAGACAGACAGUCGACAAAAUAUCUGAAAGUUUGACAGCAAUACGGCAUGUCAUCACACGUUUCUCCUUCGUUUGAGUCCGUGGAGCUCAACUCCAGCAGUUCAGUGUCAGCAGAUGCUCAGCUGAUGUUGAGUGACUCUGCACAGACAGCUGGAGGAAAAAAACACCGAUCCAACAAGAGCUUCAGAGGCUUCUCCAGCAGCAGCCGCUAUGGA